AUGUUGAGACUUCGUGUAUUCCUGGUGUUAAUAUUUGCAUCCGAAUGGUACUGCACAAAAGCCAAUUCAAGAUGUAAGGCUGGUUGGGUAUUGCAUGAUCACUCGUGCUACAUCUUCGUCAAUACAUCUGAUUCCUGGAUCGAACAUAUGCAACACUGUGUCCUCAUCGGUGGGCAUUUGGCCUCUAUCGACUCGGAAGAGGAGAACAGAUUUCUGGAGGGAGGAGUGCGGGUGCGACAUGCUUCUUUCUGGGUAGGAGGUACAAAUAUGAAUGCCAAUAGCAGCUGGGUGUGGAUAGAAAACAAUAAUCCUGUGCCAAUGCGACCCUGUGGCCAUGCUCAUAAUUAUUGCAAGUGGAACAAAGACCAACCAAAUAAUUCCCAUGGUAACGAACAUUGCCUCGAACUAAACUUACACACUCACUGGAAUGACAACUACUGUCCGUUCCCGCAGGGUGCUAUAUGCGAGGCGAAACCAUUACAAGAAUACCACUGGAUAACCAUUGGCUAA